AUGCAAUUAAUAAAACUCUUUUCUGCUGCUUCGAUGGUCUCGUCGGCUUUUGCCUUCCCAUUGACCCUCAACUUCGAUGUGGAAUCCGCCGAAGAACUUACCAGUUCCAAUCAAUUCACUUCUGUCUCCUAUCCUGGAGAAAAGCCUAUUCCUGGUGGAUCCCCAGUCUCUAUUUGUGACGUGUAUGAGCCAAAGCUUCUUACUGUUGACAAAGUCACCAUUGACCCAAAUCCUCCACAAAAGGGUGCCAAUUUGUCCUUUGCUGCCUCUGGAUCCCUUAAGCAAUCCAUUGAAGAAGGCGCCUAUGUUGUUGUGAACGUCCGUUAUGGUUAUAUUAAAUUGCUUGAAAAGACUUUUGAUCUUUGUGAAGAAAUUCAAAAUGUCGACUUAACUUGUCCUGUUGCUGCUGGUGCUCAAAGUUUAGCCAAAACCGUGGAGAUCCCAGAUGAAGUUCCACCAGGAACUUACACAGUCUACGCCAGGGCUUUCACCGCUGAGGACGAAUAUAUCACUUGCUUAACUGCUACUGUGACUUUCUCAACUGACAGUUAUGCAGUCACUGACUACCUUAAGUUCUUCAAGAGAAUUAUCAUCGGUGCCUAA